UCCAUACUCUCCUCAUCCCCCUUGGAACCCUUUGAUGGUGUCGUCCAACGUGCCAACGUGCUGCUUUCUCUCAUAUUGGCGGACCAAUGCUGACCAAGCUACCUGAGACGUUAUGUACCUUCUGAAAGAGAUAUAAACCGUAAAAGUUGUACUCGAAAUCAUCCAGUCUCAACUCGCAUCACUUACUACUUGUCUCUUCACAAUCAGACCAAACCUUCAAACUCCCAACUUGUCGUUCAACUAUAUUCAAACCCACUCCCCACAUUUGUAACCUAUCUAUCAACCAAACCUGACCGCAUACCAAAACAAUGUCUUCCUUUCCCGUCUACCGCACUGUCAACCUUGAAAACGGUAUCAUCGUAUCUUACGUCGAAGCUGGUUCUACUUCCAACCCAACUUUACUUCUCGCUCAUGGUUUCCCUUCUCAUUCUUCUCAAUUCCGUAACUUGAUUCCUCUCCUCUCUGACAAGUACCAUAUCCUCGCUCCUGAUUUUCCAUUUUUCGGUCAUACCAUCGUCCCUUCUGGUAUUCCGGCAACAUUCGAAACUCUUACCAAAACACUUGGUUCUUUCCUAGAUGCACUUUCCAUCACUUCAUUCGCUGUUUACAUAUUCGAUUAUGGUGCACCUUCUUCUCUUCGUUUAGCUCUCGAACGACCUGAUGCUAUAAAAGCUUUGAUCACUCAAAACGGUAAUGCAUACCUCGAAGGAUUAGGUUCUUUUUGGGAUCCUCUUCGUACUCUUUGGUCGACUGAAGAAGGAACUGAAGAAUUUCAAAUUGCUGCUAAAGCAUUAGACGGGGUGUUCACUUUAGAAACCUCCAAAUGGCAAGUCACAGCUGGAGUUUCUUCAGAUCGUUUAGAAAGACUUAAUCCUGAUUUUUGGACAUUAGACACUUUACUCAAUCUCGCCACUCCAGAACAAAAGAAAAAUCAACUUUCGUUAUUCUACGAUUAUCGUAAAAACCUCGAUCUAUAUCCUCAAUUUCAGAAAUGGUUGGGGGAGAGUAAAGUACCGGUGUUGGUAGCUUGGGGAGGGGCGGAUCCUAUUUUCCCUAAAGAAGGUGGAGAAGCGUAUAUUCGUGAUUCACCCAAUGCGAAAAUCAACAUUAUCGAAGGUGGUGGACAUUUCUUAUUGGAAACUCAUUUGGAAGAAGUAGCGACGCUCAUCAAGGAUUUCCUCAAGGAUGUGAAGUUUUAGAAUAGAAGUUGGGAACUUAGAGGAUCGAGGUCGGGAAAUGAAAACACUAAAAGAUUAG